UUUAGGGUUCUUGGAUGCUGGGCGAUAAUGCGGUUGAUCUCUUACUUCCUGGCGCUCGUGCUCUCCGCGUCUCUGAUCUUCCUCCUCCGCGGAUCCCCGGCAUCGCCUCGAUGCCGCCACCGCGGCGGCGGCAUCGGCAGCAAGCUCAAGCACAGCAGCGUCGUCCAGGACGAUGAUCUGGUCGCAGGAUUGGGUAUUUCAGGGCGGAUCCAGUGCCGGAGUUCCUCCGGGAAGCCAGGGGCGACCUGGAUUUCAUCCAGCUGUGGUACGGAGAGCGUGGGAUUGGUCUCUUUGUUCGUCCCGCCCGAUCGACACAGUGGUGAGUGCGAUGGUUCUGUAGUUGGGGGCAGGGUUUUGCGGGGCUUGGAGAAAGGCUACUCUGUUCUUCGCGUGUUUGUGGAGUCCGCGCGGCUGGCCAUGCCCAAUUCCCAGCAGCUCGUACUGACAGAUCCGGCCGCCGUGAUUUCCACCGAAAGGCUCCCUGCUGGGAUCUCUUUCCAGCGAGUGCCUGGGAAUUACUCCCGCGGCAAUCUCAUGCUCCAAAGGCUGGACUCUUACAUUGCAUUCCUGGACGAUCAGAUCAAACAGGUUGGAAAGGCCGACUCGCUCCAGCAUUUUAUAUUCGCCGACUCGGAUAUGAUCGUCGUGGGGGAUUUGGGAUGCGUGUUUCUCGAGUUUCCCAGCUUUGACGUGGCUCUUACGUUCCGGAAUAACAAAGAACAGCCCAUCAACUCGGGGAUGAUCUUCGUGAGGGGCAGCAAAGAUGGUCUGGCCAAGGGAAAGCUGCUGCUCCAGAGCGUCGUGGAUUCCUACAGGAGGGACUUCUUUCGAGCGUCUCGGAUGAUGGGUGACCAGCUCGCAUUCGCUUGGGUGGUGAGGCACUUCUCGGAUCCUCUCGAGGAUUCGUUCAAGCAGGGGAAAGUUUUCAAGAGCCAAGUUAAAGGGGUGGAGGUGCUGUUCCUGCCUUGCUCGUCGUAUAACUGGACGCCUGCCGAAGGAGCUGGACAGUUCCAUGGCAUGCCUCUGGACGUCAAAGCUAUUCACUUCAAAGGCUCCAGGAAAAGGCUGAUGCUCGAAGCUUGGGAUUCUCACAAACAUCAGGUAGCAGCAACCAAAGACUUGCUGCCGCUACAAUGCUUCGUUCUAAAGAGUGGACGCUCAAAGUACGAUUUUUGAUAAGGUAUGGAGGCCCGCAAACUUUUAGACGGCUGCAAUGUGUCCGACCUCGGUGGCAGCAUUUCCCAUGUUGAUCAUGGACUCCGCGAAUAAAACCUUGAACAGGUUGGGAUCCUGAGCAAGAAACCUCACGAGGCCGGAGGUCUCAGAGCUCUCAACAAGGACGUGGUCGGAGUUCAGUACACCAUUGUUCGCGACCAGGUUCCUGAAGUAGGCGUUGUCGAAGCUAAACUCGGAGUUUCUGUCCAGGGCCACUGUCGGGCUUGGGUCUGCUCCCUGUGGAGUGCAAAUCCGUCGGAGCGCAGCAGCGUACUCGGCAUUCAGCCUGGGAUCCGGCAGUCCACCAGUGAAGUUGUAGAGACGGUUCUCGAAGAAGCGGCACUUUGUUCGACCGAUAGUGUGGCCACCUAGAGAUUAAAGCUUGGGUCAGGAAACAGGCAAAUAGGGGCUUGGAAGAACAACUUACCGGAAAGAAGGACGAGGUCCUGAGUAGACAAUCCAACGUUUGCGAAUUUUCGCUUCAACUGGUCGAUGUUUUCGAAUGGGCUAGCCAGUCUCUCAUUGGCGAGCGUCCUGUUGGAAACUCUUCCAUCGUACCUUCCGGUUGGUACCUGAUAGAACAAUCCUCCGAGCUGACAAAGAAGACCAGGGGUCAAGCCAAGCCAGGAACACUACACGACUCUGGAGGAAAAGCUUUCUUACAAUGACGGACGAAUCUCUGGCUGCUACGGCGAUGAUAUCAGCGCAGCUCACAGCUCCCGGACACACGGCCUCGAUCCUCGUCUUGGCCUCGUCGAUGAUCUCGAAUCCACGAACGGAGUUAUCGUUCCCGUCAGCGAAUCUCUCGACGUCUGUCCCGUCAGUGGGAGUGGAUUCGAGCAUCACUGAAGCAUCGCAUCCCUGGAGGACGAAAGUUAUGGAUCAAAGAAACGGCGAGAAAAAGAGCCAAGUAUGGAUCAGUGAAGAGAACUUACUUCGACAAAGCAAUCGUGGAAGUGUAAGCGCAGGAGGCCCGCUGGAGAGGUCGGGUCCUUGAGGAAGUUUUGGAAGACGGUGUCGCGGAUGCUCGCCUCGGCCGGGGGGCAUUGCAAGCCGAUUUGGGCGAUGGUGGCGGCGAUCAAACCGAGCAAACAGCAUGCAACAAGAGAGAGCCGUGCCGCCAUCGAGGUAGGGAUCUAAACUUCUGUGAGAUAUCGCUCGAGCUCCCGCGAUGAUUUAUACCUGACUGCAACAAAGAAGAGAUCGUAGCCAUUUCGGAGUCCAUGCGCGCUCGCGAAAAUCGAUCUUCGCUUGUGGCACACACGCACGAGAUUUUGAAAAAACUUUGGAGGCAAUUUUGACGUCA